CCCCAAUCACAACCACCAUCGUGGUCGGAGUCCAGUAAUGAGGUUGUUUGGCUAAGAAACCUAUCAGUAUGUCAACUUUCUUUUCAAGCCGAUAAGCUCACAACUUGAAAGACUACAGCACAUAUGUUGUUUGUCAAAUGGACUACCUAUCUGGUCCUUCAAAGCAGAAAGCAAAAAGUGGUCCAGACUCGAGAGCUGAAUUUCGUUGAGAAAAGUUCUGCAAGAGACGACCGCCGUUUUCGAUCGGCCAUACUCGUUCGUGAUACGAUAAGAAUGCGGCGGCUUCGCUUCUCUCUCUCCGCCCAUUCUCACUCGACUAUACAUAAAGCCGCACCCUCACAGAUGGCGGCAGUCGUUCAGCCUGUCCUCACUGAACAAACGUCUCUGCUCCCCCAAGACCAUAUCUCCAAAAACAAACGCACGCCACUUCCUUGGAAGCAACUGUCCAUUAUUCUGCUCAUCCAAACAUGUGAACCAAUUGCGAGCCAGUCAAUAUAUCCCUACAUAAAUCAGGCAUGGAUGCCCUCUACUCGACCUUGCCUUGCUGAGUCGUGUCUAGUUGAUCAGCGAGCUCGACAUAACAGGCGGGGACGAGAAGAAAGUUGGAUAUUAUGCUGGAAUGGUGCGAACGCAAUGCUAAUAGUUGAGUAUAUUCUCUAUCGUAUCCAUAACUCCCACUCUAAUGAUCACGUUGUUAUACAGGAAGCCCUCUUCUUCCUCACCGAAGCUAUGGCCACACUACAAUGGAGUAGAGCAUCAGACGUCGUUGGGCGGAAACCAAUACUGCUCAUUGGCAUAUUCGGGACUGCUCUUUCCAUCUUCUGCUUUGGCUUGAGUAGAACGUUUGUCACCCUAGUCAUCAGCCGAUGUCUUUGUGGCCUUCUAUCAGGAAAUGUGGGUGUAAUGAAAUCAGCGCUGGGUGACCUCACAGACAGAACAAAUCGGGCGGAGGCUUUUGUAUUCCUUCCAAUUGUUUGGGCAGCAGGAGCAUCUAUAGGUCCAUUAAUUGGUGGCUCCUUAGCUCGUCCACACGACCGUUUUCCCCAUUCGCACUUCUUCUCUAGUCGAUUCUGGCUAGAGUUCCCAUACUUCCUGCCAUGUUUGGUGACAGGAAGUAUCGUGGUGAUUUCAUGGUUCAUCGUCUUACUCUUCUUCCGGGAGACUGUCCCAUGGAAGACGCACAAGCAACAACCCUCUGAACCUGGUACACCUUCGCUAGAGUCGCCGCCAAGUACUCCAAGCCCUCGACAAGGACCACUACCCAUGCGACAGUUGUUGACUCAGCCAGUGUUGCUUUCGAUCUCCAAUUAUGUCGCACUUGGAUUUCUCAACACCAGCCUUGCUGCCCUAAUUCCGCUUUUCCUCACCAUGCCUAUCGGGGUGGGCGGUUUAGGCCUAGAUCCGCCCCAGAUUGGUCUGAUCUUGAGUGCUUACGGUGUUGCAACGGGUUGUUUUAAUCUCUUGUUCUUUGCUCGGCUGGUACGCUGGGUUGGCGAAAAGCGGACAUUCAUGAUAGGAAUGUCGACAAAUUUCUUCGUUUUCUUAUUGUUUCCCAUCAUGAACUUGCUCGCGAAGGCCAACGGUGAACUCUGGUGGGGUAUCUAUGCCCUGAUAGGGUGUCUACUGUUGUCCGGCGCGAUCAUGGACAUUUCCUUCAGUUCAAUAUUCAUAUUCGUCAUAGCGUCCUCUCCAAAGUCAUCUCGCGGUACCGUCAAUGGGCUUUCACAGACGUCUGUUUCUAUUGCGCGCGCUAUUGGUCCGGCGUUGGGUACCUCCCUUUUCUCGAUCUCCGUACAAAAAAAUCUCCUAGGUGGAUACUUCGUUUAUGCUGUAUUUUUCGUGCUCAGUUGUGGUGCGAUGUGGUUGGCGGGUAGGCUGCCUGAGGAGGUCUGGGAUGACAUUGAGUAG